AUGGGCAACAACGGCCAGUUCCAGUACCUCCAGAUGGAAGGCGUGCUGGGCCCGCCGCUGGGCCCAGGGAUGGGCGGCCAGCAGCCGCAGCCCAUGCAGCAGAUCGUCAUCCAGCCCAACGGAGGCCAGGCCAUGAUGAUGCCGCAGAUGGUGAUGGUCGUGCAGUCUCCCACCGGCGGCAUGAUGAUACCCCAGAUGCAGCCCAUGCAGCCCAUGCAGCAGCAGGUGAUGCUCGUCGGGCAGAGCCCCGUCGGCCAGGAGAUGAGCCCGGCACUCGGGGGCUGCGGCGCCGUGGCCGGCGAGCAGUGCGCGGACGGCGGCGAGGGGCAGGUGCCCCUGCUGGCGGACCUCGGCAAGCACGAGGGCAGCGACGUGGACUCGACCGACACCCCGACGACGGGCCUCUCGGAGUGA